AUGAGAGCAGUCACUAGAAACAAAAUAGUCAAUAACCUAUACUUUUCUACAUUUCUCAUUGCAUUCGCAUCAGUGGCCAUCGGUUCUGUGCUGCCAUGUCCAGCACAUUCAGUGGAUUCUGAUUCACCAGCUGUACAGCAACACAAGCUUCAGCUUGCUCAUGAGCAGGAGUUAAAGAGGAAGGAUGCUUUAAGUAAAAAGAUUUAA